UUAGAAAACUCUGUGGAACUUGGUAAAAGUGAACACUGCACUACUGCUUUUAGUGACUCGUGCCAGAGAGUGACUAGUACCCGAUAGUGACUCGUGCCUGAGAGCAGUGCGCGCGGACCCACUAUGCGCAACAGCGGCGUGUGGGUCGUGUUGAGCUUGUGCCUGUUGGUGGUGCGGGUACCCGCAGCUCAGGAAUGUGCCCCAUGCACGGAGCGCGCGUGUCCCUCUGUCCCUUGGAGUGGGUGUGAGGAGUGGCGCGUGCUGGCCCGGGACCCGUGCGGCUGCUGUGAUCAGUGCGCGCGCUUGGAGCUGGAGCUGUGCGGGGGUGAAAACUGGGAGCUUGGUUACUGCGCUCAGGGACUCACUUGCACCUCUCUCAACCACACCGGGACGCUUAACAUCCCUGACACAGGGGUGUGCAAAGGCCUCUCGAACUCCGCAGACUCUGGUGUGGAGGACAAGCGCUGUCCCCUAGUAAGUGGGUGUAACCGUGUGAACAGUGAGUGCAUCUGCGAGCUUAAACACUCCUGCCUCGUCUCUUUCAGCUACCCAGAUAAAGAUACUUGCAUCAGUGCCAUGAAGACAGAUGCACAGAAGCAUGAGAAAGAGGUCAUGGAAAAGUCUGAGGAACCCUCUUACCAGGCCUGUGCGUUCUCUGGUUGUAAUCUGACCGCUAUAGGCUGUGAGUGUGUCUCCCAGAGCUGCAACCCCCACUUCACCUAUUCCAACCGCAGCCAGUGCCAGCAAGCAGCAGUGGAACUGAGGUGUGCUGGCAUCACAUGUCCUACAAUACCUGUGCCGGAUUGCCCUCCUGAUUCAGUACUGACCCGCAGCUACACACCCCCUUCUGGCUGUUGUCCCACAAUACCUCCAGUGUGCACCUGUGCUCAGUGCCCUUUGGAGCCGAAAUGUCCCAGUGGGCACAAAGCUGUGGUCAUCAGCGAAGCCGCCGGGGCACCUGGCAACUGCUGCGACUCCUACAGCUGCCAGAGAGUGUCCCCCAAGUGCGUGCACAAUGGAAAGGAGUUUGCAGAAGGCAAGGUGUACCGCACCGAUCCCUGCUGGCUCUGCCAGUGUCGAGGUGGAAUCUCAUUCUGCUCUAAGAUUGAGUGUGCUGAGUCGGAGUGUGACAACAUCUACAUUCCAGAGGGAGAAUGCUGCCCUGUCUGUACAGAUGUUGAACUGGUAUCAGCAGAAAGCACCAAGGCCAGCUGCUGGGUGAACCAUAAGCUGCGGCAGCAUGAGGAGCAGUGGAAGGAGGACGACUGCACGUUCUGCCAGUGCAAGGAUGGCGAGCAUCAUUGCACAGCCAUGGCCUGCAAACAGAGCUGCCACAACCCUGUCAAGAUCCCUGGAGAAUGCUGCCCUUUUUGUGAGGAGCCUUCAUAUGAAACAGUGAGCCCAUUACUGUGUCCUCCGCUUGAAAACUGCACUCUGUCUGGAAAUGACUGCCCUUUUGGAUUCCUGCAGGACCAAAAUGGCUGUCUACUUUGUCAGUGUCUAGCCAAUGACUCCUGCCCCAAACUGUCCAGAUACUGUACCAAGCAGUGCCCCAUGGGAUAUGAGAAGGACGAUUAUGGCUGUGAAGUAUGCGAGUGCGCUGAGUGUAGGCCACUAACAUGCAGAAAGACCUGCCCAUAUGGUUAUGUGAGGAACAAGCAUGGCUGUGAGAUGUGUCGCUGCAUUAAGUGCCCCCCUUUUACAUGUGAAAAGCAGUGCAGUCAUGGCUAUAAGCAGAACAGAAAAGGCUGCAAUGUUUGUCUAUGCAAAGAGAGUGGGUCUGGUAUUAGCACUACCACUUCUUCUCCAGUAUCCAGCUCCUGUCUGACGGUGAAUGGCCAACAGUUUGAGGAGGGAGAGAGCUGGCACGAUGGCUGCAGGGAUUGCUAUUGCCACGCUGGACGAGAGAUGUGUGUCCUUAUUUCCUGUCCCGUGCCCAGCUGCACAAACCCAGUACUCAGACCACACCAGUGCUGUCCCAGCUGUGAGGAAGAUUUAGGCAGUGGUCGACCUGAAGGAAUGGACAUGGUGGUAUGCCGAGCUCCUGGAGACAAUCUUUAUGUGGAGGGUGAUACAUGGGAUUUGGACGAAUGCACCCGUUGUACCUGUAGACAGGGCAGAGUGCUGUGCGACUCAGAAGUAUGUCCUCCUGUUCUCUGCCAGACACCGACCAGAACCAAGGGCUCCUGCUGCCACAUCUGCCAAGAAGACACUCUCAGUGGCCUCCUUCCUGUCAACAACAGUCAACGAGAAUACUGCAUCUCUGAGGAUGGAAAUAUUUUAUUGACUGGAGAUUCCUGGAAACCAAAUGCCUGCACAAGCUGCAUUUGCAGCAAUGGAACCAUUCAGUGCUUCACCCAGCGAUGUCCAAAUAUCAAAUGCAGAGUGCCUGUUCUACGCAAGGGACAGUGCUGUCCACAGUGUCUAGAAGCCACAACAACCUCUGUGCCACUAAUGUCUACCUCAACAGGCAAAUCGAAAGCCAAUGAAAUCUCUACCACCACAGAUAGCAGUGUGGUUUGGGUCACAAUGCAUACAGUGGCUGCCAUUACAGAUGGAAGUGGUUUGACUGAAGACUUCCGAAAUGAAGCGGAAUUGUCCCUCAUCUACCAAGUAGCAGCCUGGAUUCUUGCUGGCCUCCUUUUGUGUAUAAUAUUCUUUGUCGUUGUGGGUCUUCUCAUCAACAAGAAGAAAAAAUGGGUGCAGAUGUCUUGCUAUAAUGCACCCAAAAAGACCGUGAUCCUGAAGAAGCAUGUGAAUAAGAGCUCUGUUGAAUACACGGAGCCCUCCAAGGAGAACAAGCACCAGAACACGAAGAACGACUGUGGCAAGACCUUCACGCCUAGCCUAGGUCCACCCUAUGGGGAGCGGAUCAGCAUCCCACGGGCCAAACUAAGUAACGGACAAGCGCGAGUCCAGCGUUAA